UCAUUUUUCAUUUUCUUGUAUGGUUUUACUAGUCCUUUAUUUCAUAAUUCUGAGGCAUCUUGAUGUUCAUUCUGAAGCUUGCUUGCUAUACAAUUGUGUGUUCAGUCCUUGUGAUCGGUUUCUCUUGCCAGUCCUGCAACCUUGUCAAGUUUAUUGAGAAACCAGAUGAUUGUAAGACCCAUGGUUACAUGCUAGCUGGAACUGUAAGAAGAGUUAUUCAGCCAGUCAGGAUGUUUUCUAAAAAGUUGAUGACGGCACAUAUGAAGUGUCGGAACGAUCCAUAUCCUCGCAAUCCUGAUGUAAAACGGUUCUCAGUACCUGAGGAUAAAGUGCCAUGGAGUGUCGAGUUCCCCGAAUAUGCACCGACAGAUUACACUGCCCCAUCAGUUCAAAGGCAGCCAGUUUGGGCUGAUUAUGAUGUUAGGGACAAAUCAAAGUGUGAAGGCAUCACAUAUCUGUGGAACGAACUGACGGAGAAGGUCGACAGACGUAGUUUAACGGGACCGUAUGAAAUAGCAGAUGGAUUACCGAGAAAUCCAGUUGGUCGUACAGGGAUGUGUUCUCGAGGUUUAUUAGGGAGAUGGGGACCAAAUCACGCGGCUGACCCUAUUGUGACCAGGUGGAAAAGAAAUGCCAAGGGUGAGAUUGUUAAAAAAGGUGAUAGACCUCUGCUGCAGUUUGUGUCUAUCCAGCGGACUGAUACUGGGGAAUGGGCUCUACCUGGGGGUAUGGUCGAUCCUGGUGAGAUGGUUUCAAUAACGUUAAAAAGAGAGUUUGGAGAAGAGGCUUUAAACACACUGGAAUGUUCUGAAGAAGAUAAGGCAAAACUAGAAGAAAAAUUACAUUCAUUUUUUAAAGGAGGACGAGAGGUAUAUCGAGGUUACGUUGAUGAUCCUAGGAACACAGAUAACUCAUGGAUGGAGACGAUAGCAGUGAACUUCCAUGAUGACACAGGAAACACAGUCGGCUUAUUUAAGCUCCAUGCGGGUGAUGAUGCUAAAGGUGUAAGGUGGAGUGAUGUUAGCAGUACCAUUAAACUGUAUGCCAGUCAUCAAGACUUUAUCAAAAAGGUUGCAGAGAUGCAUGCAGCGCACUGGUGAUCAAGGAACACUGCCAUAUAGGUUUUGUAGUAUGAUUUUAUACAACAGUCUACACUAUGAAUAACAGAUCGUAUAUUUCUGUGAUGGAAUUACAUGUAAUCAGUAGGCAAUGUCAGUGUUGGGUAUAAAUUAGCCGCAGUUCGAUAUUUCAUGGAGUAAAUCUUGUGUUAAAUGACUUGAUUGAAUUUAUAUUCGGCGCAAGUGUCAACUGAAAGGAUGAUAUCGGCAAACUGUCUGUGAAUGGAUUAUGACUAAUUCAAUACUGUUGGAUUUGGCAAUGAGGUGGCCUUUGAUUGGACAGAUUUAUUAGACUUCUGCCAGCUGCCGGUCUCAUUUAUAGCUAUAGACAAAGUGACCUGUUAUAAAGGACAGGUGUAUAUUGUCAUGACAACACGUUCAGUAGAAGGCAUUAUUGUCUGGUAUAGGUGUUAGACAACCUUUUGAAGUUAAAUUCAACCCGUCCUAUGUGUUGUAAUGUUUUGGUGUAAAAUUUGACGCUAACAAAUUUAGAAUCUCUGAUUCAAUUGUAAAGUAUGUCAUAGUGUAAGGAAAGGGUUAAUUGGCACUACAGACUUCUACUUGGUUACAUCGUCUGAAUUCUAUGGUAAAAAGGUUGUUGUAAUAGAUCAAUGAAUGCAGUUAUGUGCAUGGCUGAUUCAAGGUAACGGGCUGCAUGUUGAGCAAGUGACAUGUUAUUUUGGUGCUGACAGAUUUGAGUGUUCAUCUGAUGAAAUGGGGGAAGCACUCUGAUCGCAAGCCUGAGUGCCCAUUAUAGAAGUUAUAAGCAAAGAGUGCAUGACAAGCAAAUUUAUUGAUUUGUCUGGUCAAACAAAAUGACUGAAGACUAAAUUAGUUCAGUGUGCAACUAUCCCUGGCACUGGGCAGAAGAACAGUACUCUGCCCGACGUGUGACUCUUGCCAGGUUUUAGAUUAUUCUACGAUUGGUAGGGUGUGUUGCCACUUUGUUGAGAUUAGUUAGUAUUGUUGUUGUACAUUGAAUGUUGUGUACAUGUGGGUAGAGUAUCAGGGUUUUGUGCGAAGUUCCUGUCCAAAAUAGUAACAGGGGCCAGUGACCUCAUCGAGUGCCAAAGACAUCAUUCAACGUCUUUUAAAAUCAUCCAACCGUUAGUACAUGUAAGUGGCUCCCCAAUCGGGUUCUUUGAGUUAGAUGCUAACGGACAAGGCAAGGGCCACGACGUCACAAGUUGACAGAUCUGAUAUACUUGUACAGGGUGAUUGCUGUAUAAGCUGCAAAUGCAAUUUGAACCUCAGGCACUAAAGGAGGGAAGGGUAUUGUUUGUGCUGUCAUUUUAAUCUGUUAUUGAGAUUAUCCUUAUUCUGGUAACAGUCACGGUUGAUAUCUGUGUCACAUUUGGUUCAUGUGGACAUUGGUCGCUGGAGUUGUCCUAUUUCUGAAUGGGUCUUUCUCAGCCAAAAUAUUGUUAAGAAGUUAUGAAUGUAUUGUUUAAUAGUGGUACUUACAGUCAUUUCAAUAGUAAAAAAUAUGAAAUAAAACUAAGUGGUAUUCAA